AUGAAGGAACAGGAGGGUGAUGCUAUCGAUCCUCCUAUCUGCAUAUCAGACUCCAACCGUCUCUUCAGCUUGGAGUCCCUCAAGGCGGUGUGGCACGGCCACAAACUGGACUUCCUGAAGGCUGCGCAUCUCGGAUACGGUGCGCCCAACACUGAAGUAGUUCAGCUGGAGGAUCAGAGGCGCAGCCGCAUCCUCGAUUACGCAAAGGACAAGAGACCACUCAUCCUCAACUUUGGCAGCUGCACCUGACCGCCGUUCAUGGCGCGGCUCAAGGCUUUCCAGGGAGUCGUGCAGCAGAACGCGGACAUCGCGGACUCAGUGGUCGUGUACAUCGAAGAAGCACACCCCUCGGACGGCUGGAUGAGCACGGACGCGCCCUAUCAGAUCCCCAAACACCGGUGUCUGGAGGACCGGCUGCACGCGGCGCAGCUGAUGCACCUGGAGGUGCCCGGCUGUCUGGUGGUGGUGGACAGCAUGGAGAACUCCUCCAACGCCGCGUACGGAGCUUAUUUCGACAGACUUUAUAUCCUGCAGGAGGGGAAGAUAGUGUACCAGGGGGGCAGGGGACCCGAGGGGUACCGGAUCACGGAGCUCAGAGACUGGCUGGAUCAGUACAGAAAAAGGAUGGAACAACCCAAUAAUCAAGUCAUAAAUGUCUAG